AAGACUGCUAAUUUCUACUCCCAGCAGCAGGGACUUCUCGUUUCAGAUACCACCAUGGAUUAAAGGACCUCCCAAUGCUCUAUCCUUUUCAGAUUACUGGACUCUGCCCGUUUGUUUCUUUGUUUUUGAGAUGGAGUCUCGCUUUGUCACCCAGUCUGGAGUGCAAUGGCCCCAUCUCCGCUCACUGCAGCCUCCACCUCCGGGGUUCAAGCUAUUCUCCUGUCUCAGCCUACCUAGUAGCUGGGAUUACAGGCAUGUGCUACCAUGCACGGCUAAAUUUUGUAUUUUUAGUAGAGAUGGGGUUUUGCCACGUUGACCAGGCUGGUCUUGAACUCCUGACCUCAAGUGAUCUGCCUGCCUUGCCUCCCAAAGUGCCGGGAUUACAGUCGUAUGCCACCAGGCCAGGCUGACCUGUUAUUUGUAAGGGGUGGGUGGGGACCUUUUAUUUACUGAAACAUAUCCUGUAUUCAUUGGAACAUGUUAUCAAGCCUGCCCCUCUGGGCGGAGGCUAGGGCAGGGAGGGCACAGCUCCUAAGGCCACCUGGUCUUUCAACUCCUCCCAGCUGGGACACUGCACCGGGAGGCAGCACGGAUUCCUGUGUCAUCAAGGUGCCUGGGUCUUGGCUUAUGGCUGAGGUUGGGGCCUUGGGAAGGGUUUGGAUUCCAAGUCCCUUGGCUGCAAGGAUGCCCCCAAGAGCGAGGAGGGCCAAGAUUAAGAUUCGACUUCCUUCACUAGGGCCUUUGUCCUCCCAGGAGCUCCCAGGUUCUCUGGCGAUUGGGGGUGUGGGGAAGGGUUACAACGUUCAUUUGUGGUCAGUUAGAUGAGAAGUGACUCUGCCAGCGUGCUUUGACAUCCUCGGCUAAAAGGUGCGCCUCUUAGAGCCCCAGUCCACCUGGGCCCUCCUGCCCUGCCCUCGGCCAGCGCCCCUCCCCGAGACAUGGCCCCUCGGUCGGGGGUGGGGAGAGGGAGCUGGGGGCAAAACCUGCUCCUUCCUUCCUUCUCCCAUUUCCCUGGCUCCCGCCGGCCACCCUGGGACCGCAGCCACGUCUGAAAGCGCCUCACCAGGCAGCGCUGAAGAUUGCGGGGCAGCGCCGAGGGUUGCCGGCCGGCACCCGGGGAGUAGAGGGCGCGGGCCGCAGUGCCGGGCUCCGGAGGGAGCUCUGCGCCGGGUCCUUCCCUGUGGUAGCCCGAGGACACCCCCAUCCUCAACAUCCCAUUCUGGGACUUCUGCCCUGUUCCCAGAUUAGCUCUGCCUCUAGUCUCCAGGAGCUUCCAGUGGCUUGGUCACCCCCGACUCUUCGUCCAUGCCUCUUAGAGCCCCUUUCCCGGCCUCACUGGAUGUCCCUUAAUAGUCUUGGGACCUUAAGGAGCAAGUCAGCCCCUGCGGAACCUCCCAGUGAAGAGAAAGAGCUGGCUUUGCGGUGGAACUUGGAAGAGACGACGUCUGGGAGCUUUUGCUGAGCCCAGGGAGAGAGGCGUCCCUCUGGCUGCUGCUCCAGCUCGGGCAGACACGCCAAGCUUUGAGGCUCCUUAUCAGAAAGCUCCCAGUGAGGAACUGGUCUUCUGGAGACUCUGUGUGGAAUAGAGUGAUUCAACCACCUUAAGAAGACCUCUGCCUUUCCUGGAACACAGAUGUCGAGACAUCUCCCAUGGAUUUGUGAUCAGCGUUGCAGCUCUCCCAGCAGCCCUGGACGGUGGCCCCCAGCCGCCCGCAUGUGGCUGCCACGGUUCUCCAGCAAGACAGUGACAGUGCUCCUCCUGGCACAGACCACCUGCCUCCUGCUCUUCAUCGUCUCCCGGCCAGGGCCCUCAUCCCCAGCCAGCGGCGAGGAUCGUGUGCACGUGCUGGUGCUGUCCUCGUGGCGCUCGGGCUCAUCCUUCUUGGGCCAGCUCUUCAGCCAGCACCCCGACGUCUUCUACCUGAUGGAGCCCGCGUGGCAUGUGUGGACCACCCUGUCGCAGGGCAGCGCCGCAACGCUGCACAUGGCCGUGCGCGACCUGAUGCGCUCUAUCUUUUUGUGCGACAUGGACGUGUUUGAUGCCUACAUGCCACAGAGCCGAAACCUGUCCGCCUUUUUCAACUGGGCAACGAGCCGCGCGCUGUGCUCGCCGCCCGCCUGCAGCGCCUUUCCCCGAGGCACCAUCAGCAAGCAGGACGUAUGCAAGACACUGUGCACGCGGCAGCCCUUCAGCCUGGCCCGGGAGGCCUGCCGCUCCUACAGCCAUGUGGUGCUCAAGGAGGUGCGCUUCUUCAACCUGCAGGUGCUCUACCCGCUGCUCAGCGACCCCGCGCUCAACCUGCGCAUCGUGCACUUGGUGCGCGACCCGCGGGCCGUGCUGCGCUCCCGGGAGGCGGCGGGCCCGAUACUGGCACGCGACAACGGCAUCGUGCUGGGCACCAACGGCAAGUGGGUGGAGGCCGACCCUCACCUGCGCCUGAUUCGCGAGGUGUGCCGCAGCCACGUGCGCAUCGCCGAGGCCGCCACACUCAAGCCGCCACCCUUCCUGCGCGGCCGCUACCGCCUGGUGCGCUUCGAGGACCUGGCGCGGGAGCCGCUGGCAGAGAUCCGCGCACUCUACGCCUUCACCGGCCUGACCCUCACGCCACUGCUCGAGGCCUGGAUCCACAACAUCACCCACGGGUCGGGGAUCGGCAAGCCAAACGAGGCCUUCCAUACUUCGUCUAGGAAUGCACGCAACGUCUCCCAGGCCUGGCGCCACGCGUUGCCCUUCACUAAGGUCCUGCGCGUGCAGACGGUGUGCGCCGGCGCGCUGCAGCUGCUGGGCUACCGGCCUGUGUACUCUGCGGACCAGCAGCGUGACCUCACCCUGGAUCUGGUGCUGCCACGAGGCCCAGACCACUUCAGCUGGGCAUCGCCUGACUGAGAACUCUGGGCGUUAGAGCAGGCCCCGAACUGUGGUCGCCAGGCCCAGGAGGCGACUGCAUGGUGGAGAGGGAGCUGGGGCGCAUGGGGAAGCAGGUCCCUACUAUCAACCGGGAGUUUGGGGUCCUCCCCUGAAGUAGGCAAGGACUGCACCUUUCUUUCUCUCCUGAUUCUCGGUUUUCCUUUGAGUCUUCUGGAGCUGCCUUCUCAUCAGGUGCACUCUUCAUGGAAAGCAACUCUUGCCCCUACCUCUUCUGGGCGCAGGGAGUAAGUUACUGCUAAAUUAAAUUAAAUGUGUGCCAGGCAGGGUGCGGUGGCUCAUGCCUGUAAUCCCAGCAUUUUGAGAGGCUGAGGCGGGUGGAUCACCUGAGGUCAGGAGUUCGAAACCAGCCUGGCCAACAUAGUGAAACCCCCUCUCUACUAAAAAUGCAAAAAUUAGUCCGGCGUGGUGGCACACUCCUAUAAUCCCAGCUACUUAGGAGGCUGAGGUGGGAGAAUCACUUGGACUCCAGAGGUGGAGGUUGCAGUAAGUUGAGAUCAUGCCACUGCACCCCAGCUUGGGUGGCAGAGCAAGACUCUAUCAAAAAAAUAAGUAAUAAAUUUGUUCAAAAGUCCUGCAAUCUAGUGAACUGUAACCUCAUUUUUUCUCUCUUUUUUCUUUAAUUGCAUGAUUCCAUUUAUUUAAAGCAGAAAAACUAGUCUAUGGUGAUAGAGGUCAGAAUAGGGGAUACUUUGUAGGGAGGAUUUGACUGGGAUGUAACCUUAUUUAUUAUGUAAACAAACUACAACUUGACCAGGCAGUAUAUUCUUGUAAGAAGAAAGGAGUCUUCUCCAAUCAUAGCAGUCAGCCUUCAGCCAGGGGCAGACUGCAGACUGACCAGAUGUGUCCAAAUUAGACACAGGUUGAGCUGUAACCAAUCAGCCUAUAUCCAAUGCCACUUCCUUUUUCUGUUUAUAAACGCUGCUUGCCCACUGUUGCUGGGUGGAGGUCUCUGAAACCUCUCUAAUAUAGAUCUCUCAUUUAAUGGGGAGGGUUUGGCCUUUAAUCACCAUCAUCCCUGGAACAAAGACUGACCAAUUGGACUCAAAUGCUAUUGAACUAUCUUUAUUGCAUGGACUUUGAGUUAUUUGAUUUUGACUAGUUGUUUGUUGAAACUCCUGAUAAGGAGUGUACUUCAGUUUCUUGGCAAAGUCCACUCAUAGCCAUCAUAAUAGUCUCCCUGGUCAGGCACAGUGACUCACACCUGUAAUCCCAGCACUUUAGGAGGCCAAGGCAGGCAGAUCGCUUGAGCUCAGAAGUUCGAGAACAGCCUGGCCAACAUAGUGAAACCCUGUCUCUAUUAAAAAUACAAAAAAUAGCCGGUG